AUGCUGAGCAACAGCAAAGAUUCCACUUACUCCAAAUCGAUAUCGUCGGUCGUCGAUGAGAACGACAACGACAACGUCAACCCUCAACCUUAUAUCCCAGAGGAAAAUGAGGACGCCCAAAGUGAAUUGUCUCGGUACAUCUCCAGAGCCUCUUCCAACAACAACAAAAUCAAGUUGAUGAGAACAGAAACCGCAAAGUCCCUUAGAAGCGCCGGGCUUCUGUCAGAUCCAAAGACCCCUGAUGUCAACGCCCCAACUAACGUCAACAACCCGAUCUUCCCUGAAGAAUAUACCAUGGAAACCGAGACCGGGUUGGUUCCUGUCGCAUCUCUUCAUGACAUGGGUCGUACCAGCUCGAGAUUGACCAGAACCAGAACCGCCCACUUGACCCGUCAAGACGUCGAUGACCUUGCUGAUGAUGAAGACGAAGACAGCAUUGAAAAAAAAACUCCUGGUUCAGAAUUAGACCCGGAAAUCGAAUUCGUCACUUUUUUAACAAACGAUCCAGAAAAUCCUCAUAAUUGGUCGAAUUUCCGCCGUUGGUCUUAUACCUUCACCCUUUCUAUUCUCGUCAUUGCCGUUGCCUUUGGCUCGGCGUGUACCACCGGUGGCCUUGCCCUUAUUGACGAACAUUAUCAUGUGUCCACCGAAGUUUCAAUCUUGACGGUUUCUCUUAUGGUGUUUGGUUUUUCCGUUGGUCCUUUGAUUUGGGCCCCAUUGUCCGAACAAAUUGGUAGAAGACCAGUUUAUUUCAUCUCUUUGUUCUUGUAUACCAUUUUCCAAAUCCCUUGUGCCAUGUCUCCUAAUAUCGGUGGGCUCUUGGCUUGUCGUUUCCUUUGUGGGGUGUUUGCCUCUUCUGGUUUGACUUUGGUUGGUGGCUCUAUCGCUGAUAUGUUCCCUCAAGAAACUAGAGGUUUGGGGAUCUCCUUCUUUGCCUUUUGCCCAUACUCUGGCCCAGUCUUUGGCCCAUUGAUCAGUGGUUGGAUCAAUGUCGGUACUGAAGGCCACGACUUGGUCUGGAGAUACAGAUUAUUGUUCUGGGUCAACAUGUGUUUUGCCGGCUUGACCUGGAUCACCUCUUCCCUUGUUCCAGAAACUUAUGCCCCAGUGAUUUUAAAGAAAAAAGCCCAAAGAUUAAGAAAAGAAACCGGAAAUGAAAAGAUCAUGACCGAACAAGAAGCCCAAGGUUUGUCCUUGAAAGAAGUUAUUCAAAAUUGUUUGUUACGUCCAUUGUACUUUGUGAUUACUGAACCAGUCUUGGAUCUCAUGUGCUUCUAUGUCUGUUUGAUUUAUGCCCUUCUUUAUGCGUUCUUCUUUGCUUAUCCAGUCAUUUUCUCAGAACUUUAUGGUUACAAUGAUGGUAUCACCGGUCUCAUGUUUAUUGCCAUUCUUAUCGGUGCCCUCUUUGCCCUUUGUACCACCCCUAUCCUUGAAAAGCAGUACAUUGCCAUGACAAAACGCAGAACCCCUACCCCUGAAGAUCGUCUCAUUGGUGCCAUGAUUGGAUCUCCUUUCCCAGUGAUUGCGCUUUUCAUUCUUGGGGCUACCAGUCAUAAAGGCAUCAUUUGGGUUGGUCCAUGUUCUUCUGGUCUUGCCUUCGGUUAUGGUAUGGUGUUGAUUUACUACUCGAUCAAUAACUACAUUAUCGAUACCUAUGCCCUCUACUCAGCUUCCGCUUUGGCCACCAAAGUGUUUUUGCGUUCUGCCGGUGGUGGGGCUUUCCCACUUUUCACUACCCAAAUGUACCAUAAGUUGGGUCUUCUUUGGGCCAGUUUCUUAUUGGCCUUUAUUUCAUUGGCAAUGGUUGCUAUCCCGUUCACUUUCUACAGAUAUGGUGCUACUUUGAGAGCCAAAUUAUGUAAGGAAAAUUAUGCCAGUCCCCAAUGA